UUUAAAAUUAAAAACGCGUUAAUGAAAAACAUCACAUGACUACAGGUAAUACAUUGGAUAUUACAGCGGUUGAUAAUUUCGAUACACGUUUAAAAAAAAUCGAUGGGAUUAUAAGGAAUUUGGAGUAUAGUUUGGCCACUUCCGACGAAACUGAUAAGCAAAUGCUUAUGUGUAUUCGGAUGGAUUAUCUGAAAAAUCAGGAACUGAAUAAUCAGUUGGACGAGGUUCAAAGAGAAAACAAACAAAUGUUAAAUAAUUUACAGCAAAAUUGUGGGGAAUAUGACAUUAUCAGAUGCGACUCAAAAAUGGAUUUAAAAACGAAUUGCUCCACAAUAAGUAUGGUACACUUACAAUACAAAUAUGAAGAGCUUUUAGCUCAUCACAAUGGAUUAUUAAAAAUUCUGGAAACUAGAAAUUCAGAACUAAGGAAGUAUCAAAAUGAAAACACAUGUAUUAAGGAAGAAGUAGAAAUUUUAAAAAGCAAAUUUGGAGAAGUUAACGAGUUUGUUGAAAAAUGCAAAAUAAAGCUUUUUCUGGUCAAGAAAAAGAAGAACGAACAAAUACAAAAGCUUAAACUCGAAAGAAACACUUUAAGAGCUGUUCACAAUCAACUUGUUACGAUAAUUCAAAAGCAGUCAAUGGAAAAAGAUAAUUAUAUAAAUGAACAAAUUAAGCUAACGCCGAAAUCAGAUAAGGCUUUAUUACUAACAGAGAUUCGAAAAAACAAUUUACUUACAUACGAAAACAUAAAACUGCAGCAAGAAAUCGAAUAUUUGCGGUCACUCGUAAAUUUGCCCAAGGAAAUUUUAUCAAAAAGUAAAGUUUAAAUUACUCUACUUUAAAGUUUCGUAAUGUUACAUGUUAGUAGGUAUGUAAUAAGCCUAAUA